AACAAAACAAAGCAAAACAAAUCCAAAGAGGUAAAAAAAAAAAGAGAAGAAAAAGAGAAGUUAGUUUGUUAGGGUAACAAUGGAAAACCAAUCCACAACCCCAUCGAUGCAGUUCCUCCUCCUCGAACAAGUUCAAUUCUUGAAGGUCAAGGACGAUUCUCUGUUGCAAUGGGAACUCGUCAACGUGUUUGACACUGAAGAAGAAGAAGAAGAUGAUGAUGAUGGGGUUAGCAAUGGCAUUGUGGAUGGUUUCGGUUCUUGGGAUUCUUCGAAUUCUUGGUCCGUUUCUUCUCCCAACGAUACCCCAAUUGAAGAAAUUCGCCAUUUCCUUCUUCAUCCUGAUGCGGAUGUGGAAGACCACCGUGAUGACGUUGGUGAUCGUAUUCUUGUUGAUGGUGACGCAGAUGGGUAUCGUAAGGGACAAGUUGACGAUGAUGAUGAUGAUGACGAUGACGAUGACGAUGAUUUGGAUGAUGAGCUCGUUCCUUGGAAUGUCAACAACAAGUUGGGGAGACAGAGAAUGAGGAAAUUGGGGAAAAGGGCAUUUUCGAAGAUGCACAAUUCCAAGAGAUCUCCUCAUCUGUUUGUGAGUCCUGGGUGUGUACGUGGCAAGCAUGGUCUGGGCCUUAAGCACAAUUAUUAAUUCUUAAUUGGCAAGGUAAAAAUCACUAAUUGGAGGGUCUUCAAGAAAGGGUCUUGAAUUGGGUUAGUUUAGUUGCUUUAACUAUUAGAUUUGGUUGAACUUGAAUGUAAUUUGUAUUUGAAUAUGUCGUAGCUGGAUCGUUGGGAUAUGUAAAAUCGUGACUUUCUUUUAUGUGGAUACCGUGUACUGAAUGUAUAUAUCUGAAGGGGGGGGAAAAAAAAAAACUUCCUUUGUUGGGAGAAUGAUUUUAGUUGUCUGCUUUUGUAUAUAUGUUAGUUAGGCCAAUUUUAUGCUUUCGGUGGAUAAUUUACUAUGUUCUGAUGAUAGCAAAUGGUUCAGAUUUGAUUGUGGGAAGAUAGAAAAUUCGGAUUUUCCUUGAUUUGGA